AUGCAACCUCAGCUGUUGUGUGCAGACGGCGAGCUGUUCACCGCCACAACAACCGACUUAAGAGGAACCAAACCACAGAUUUCUAGACACUUCAGCAAAGAUGGCCGCCCAGACGUCAGCCAGGACUCGUCUCUCAGCUUACUGCAUGAGCCAGUGUUUGUCAGCUCGUCGUUGGACUCGUCAGACAGGAAACUCUACUUCUUCUUUAGUGAAGUUGGGAAAGAGUUCAGCUUUGUAGACGAGUUGCGAAUUGCCCGGGUGGCCCAAGUCUGCAAGGAUGAUGUUGGUGGAAGGAGCACUCUGCAGAAGAAGUGGACGUCCUUUGCCAAAGCCCCUCUGCUCUGCCAAUCUCACAGACAGCUUCCCUUCAAUGUUCUCCAGGACGUGUUCACCCUCCAGCCACCAGAGGGCACCGACGCCUCAGAGACUCUGUUCUACGCCGCCUUCACCUCUCAGUGGUCCUCAGGUCCAGAAUCUGCCGUGUGCGUCUUUAAACUGCAGGACGUCAGGGCGGCGUUCACUGAGAGCUACAGGACCUUCAACUUGCUGACCCACCAGUGGAGUCCACAGCUGGGAAAACACUCCUACCUGGGAAAGGUGGGACGGUCACUUUCACACAAAACAUAGAUUCAAUUGUAGAAUAAGCUCAGAUAGUUAUGGUGCAGAUCAAGUCUUAAAGAGGUGGUAUUCUGCCUUUAGGCUUUUUCCCUCUCGUUCUUUUUUGUGCAUGUAAAAAGCCCAAAAUCCAGCCCAUGUUGCCAAGCCGGUCGGCAACACGUACGGCUGAACCCGAGCUGUUUACCG